AUGGCACUCUGCUCCCCGUGCAAUAGAUCAUUCAAGUCCGAGACCUCCCUUGACCAACACAAAAAGAACUCUCCAGUCCAUGCUGCAAUGGUCCCAUGUGACAGAUGUUCAAUCUGGCUCCCCAACACCAAUGCUCUCGAAGAGCACAUCCAAACAUCCACUGCUCACAACACACCGGAGUGUGACACGUCAUCCAAGUUCAAGUGCGAUAUCUGUGAUACGACAUUUGUUAGCCAGAUAUUCCUUCACGAGCAUCUCCAAUACUCACCUCUUAAUGCCACAUCACUCGCGCACAAACUUUACAGUAUAACCUUCCUUGCUAGAAAAGUAUUGGAGGAAAGUCUGCAGAGCCUACAGAAUUACACUCCAACCUUUGAAUGCGAUCCAUGCGAUCGAUCAUUUGUCAGCCAGGAUGCGCUAGAUAGCUAUUAUCAAUUUGCAUCAGAGCACACUUCGACAUUCGAAUGCGAUCCACGCAACCGAUCGAUCACCAGUCAAGGUGCGUUAGAUAGCCAUAUCCAAUUUGCGCCGGCUUAUACUCCAACCUUCGAAUGCGAUCCAUGCAACCGGUCAUUCAUCAGUCAGGAUGCGCUAGAUAGCCAUAUCCAGACUUCAUCAGCUCACACGGAACCCUUCAGAUGCAAUCCAUGCAGUCGACCAUUCAAAAGUCAGGCUGCGCUAGACUCGCACUUACAAAACUCGAAAGCCCACACCGGAGAACCUGACAACGCACGUACACAAGAACAUCGUUCCAAACCUACACCAAUAGACAAAUUCUUCGCAAAAUAUCCAUCGUUUGAAUACAAUCAUAACCUUUCACCGUCUGUAUCAUACGCAAAGCUCGUGAAGUUCUACGGCUGGGAUAAGAACGAUCCCAAGGCUCGAAAAGCACGAAGGGAGUACCAGGUGGCUCUGGAAGAUGAAGUUCGACUUUGGUUUGGGUCUACGAGUGAUCUUGCUUCCUGGCAUGCACUUUGCCGGGCUGUUGGGAUUGAGCCAUUGCCUCUGAGUUGUAAAGCUGGGAAAAAGGCUAUCCGAGGCGUCUAUGUCAAUAUUGUUGAUUUGAUUCAGUGGGCUCGAAAGGGGCUGGGAGAUAGGCCCAUUCGUCGAUUUAAGAAUCUGGAUGAGCUAAGUGAUUAUACUAAGCUGACAGAAAAGUUCUACCCUAACAGGGGUCACAAACGGGAGGAAAGGAAUGUUGUUCUUCGGCAUUUGCUUCGUCAUAUCCUUUCCAGCGGCUCGCUUCUAUUGGAUUGA